AUGGUAAGUGGAACGGGCCCAGCACUGAAUCAGGCUGACACUGUAGCAUUCUGGCGCGGCCUGUGGUCAGAGCCCAUAAACCACAGCGAGGGCCCUUGGACGGAAGUUGUGGCGAGUCAGUGUGCGAGUAUAACGCCCAUGGACCCCGUCUUUAUAACGCCGGAUGACGUAGCUGAGGCGGUCCGUAGGGACCCGAACUGGAAAAGUCCGGGACUCGACGGGCUGCAUCACUACUGGCUGAAGGGGUUUGUGGUGUGUCACACUGUGCUCGCCCGACAGUUCCAAAAGGCUCUCAACCAGAAGUCGCUCCCGAGCCUCUUCACUACUGGGAUCACGCAUUUGGUUCCUAAAGACCAGUGCGUCGCAAUGGCUGAGGCUGCGGGUGCCGCCAGCACCAACCCCAACGCGGAGAUUGUUCGGGGCCAGGUCUUUGAAGUUGGCCCCAGAUAUACCAACUUGCAGUACAUCGGAGAAGGAGCUUAUGGCAUGGUUGUAUCGGCCUUCGACAACGUGAAAGUUACAAAAGUCGCUAUAAAGAAAAUUUCGCCGUUCGAACACCAGACGUAUUGCCAGAGGACGCUCCGUGAGAUAAAAAUCCUCACCCGGUUUAAGCAUGAGAAUAUUAUCGAUAUUCGGGAUAUUUUAAGGGCGGAAUCUAUUGAUCAAAUGAAGGACGUUUAUAUCGUUCAGUGUUUAAUGGAAACUGACCUUUACAAACUCUUAAAAACUCAGAAACUAAGCAACGAUCAUAUCUGCUACUUCCUGUACCAAAUCCUGCGAGGACUGAAAUACAUCCACUCCGCUAAUGUACUGCAUAGAGACCUCAAACCAUCGAACUUACUACUUAAUACCACCUGUGAUUUAAAGAUUUGCGACUUCGGUCUCGCGCGCGUUGCGGACCCGGAUCACGACCACACCGGCUUCCUCACGGAGUACGUCGCCACUCGCUGGUACAGGGCGCCGGAGAUCAUGCUCAAUUCCAAGGGGUACACCAAGUCAAUCGAUAUUUGGUCGGUGGGCUGCAUCCUAGCGGAGAUGUUAUCGAACCGGCCGAUAUUCCCCGGCAAACAUUACCUCGAUCAGCUGAACCACAUUCUUGGCGUACUCGGUUCACCCAGCCAGGAGGAUCUGGAUUGCAUUAUCAACGAGAAGGCUCGCGGUUACUUGGAGUCGUUGCCGUACAAGCCGCGCGUGCCGUGGGCGGAUUUGUUCCCGGGCGCGGACCCGCGCGCGUUGGACUUGCUACAUCGCAUGCUCACCUUCAAUCCGCACAAGCGGAUCACCGUCGAGGAAGCCCUCGCCCAUCCAUACCUCGAGCAGUACUACGAUCCUAAUGACGAGCCGGUUUCUGAAGAACCAUUCCGCUUCGCGAUGGAGUUAGACAAUUUGCCGAAGGAGACGCUCAAGAAGUUCAUCUUCGAAGAAACUCUGCUGUUCAAGCAACAGAAUGAGGGCGCGUAA